CACCAGCCCACACGACACCAAGCGACAGCACUUUCCGCGCCCACGCUGUGCUCCCCGAUUCUCUCGCCCUAUAAUCCCGUCGCGCGCCCUUUGACGCGACGUCGCCCGUCGCCAUCGCCCUACGCGCGUGCACAGCUGCCGCAACAGCUCUCUGGUGAGCUACCGAGGGUACUGUCGCAAGGAAGCUGCGGCCCGGAACUGGCUAUCGCGAACCUUCUCGCAGGGACUACGCCUGUCCUGGUGGCAAGGGGAACCCGCGCGCUUGUUUUCUAGUUAGACGCCGCUCCCUGUCGUCUGUCUGUUCGCGCAGCAGCUCGCAGCGGAGGCUCAGCCCUUUUGUAGACCGUGAAUUAUCUGCUCUUUGCGUAACUUGACAAUCAGUCGCGUUGUUUUGAGCCCACAUCUGCCCGCUGUCCCACCAUGGCUGACGAAGUGCGCCGCUCCGGACGCGCCAACAAGGGCCAUCACACUAAGAAUGCCGACGCGCUCGACGAGGUCGUAGCUGGCAAGCCAAAGUCGUCGAAACCCAAGACCGACAAGAAGCCUAAAGUAGGCGCAAAUGCCACACCGGCACGCUCGCAAUCUGCGCCGUCCGACGACGCCGAGGAGGAGGAACAGCAAGGCGAGGAAAUAAUCCGCUGUGUGUGUGGCCUGCGAGAAGAGAUCGAAGACGAUGACCGCAAGAUGAUCUGCUGCGACCGCUGCCAGGCAUGGCAACACAACAAAUGCCUGCACCUGCCCGAGGCCGAUGCCUACUGGAAGAAGAGGACGUACUAUUGCGAGCAGUGCAAGCCAGAGGAGCACCAAGAACUGCUUGCGCUCAUGGCCAAGGGCGAAGAGCCGUGGCUCAAGUGGGGCAAGAAGGGCGCGAAGCCUCCCAAGUCGCGUCCCAUCGAUGUGAAGCCGGGCAGCAAGCCAGCAGCGAAAGGUGAAACAGCUACGCCGCAGCCUUCUCAGCCAGCCGCUCCGAGUCCGGCUGCUGCACCUCAAUCCAAUGCGCCCAGUCCGGCCCCGCCCGCGCCCAUUGCAGUCAAGACAGAAGUCGCGACCGAUGGCCACGCCGUGGCAGCCGAAGUCCAGCCGACCAAGCCGCAGUCGCCGCUUGGCGAAAAGCGACGACACGAGCCCUCAGAGAAGGAAGGUGCGAGCAAGAAGCGGAGGAAGCCUAGUGCUCCCAAGAACGAGAUCCCGCCAGCCCCAACAGGUGCCGCAGAAAUCGACGCCCUGCCUACCAAGCAGAAGGUGGUGACCGAGAAGCUGCGGGAGACCUUCAUCCCGCUCAUCACCGCCGCGUCUGAGUCUCGCGGAUACGAGAUACCGGAAGGUCAGACUGCGCACUCCAUCGCCACGCGACUUGCGCUCGAGGUAGACCAUGCCGCUUUCCUGCGCCAUGGCGAACCGGCGGGUCCAGAAUCGCGCUAUUCUUUCCAACUUCGCACCAUCCUCGUCAACAUCCGAAAGAAUGCUGGCUUGAUGGACCAGUUACUGUCUGGAAGCCUCAAAGCGGACGACAUUGUCGCCAUGUCUUCAGAAGACAUGGCCAGUGAUGAGAAACAGCGCGAAUAUGCCAGGAUCAGGCAGCAGAACGAAAAGCAGAUGAUCCUCACUGAGGAGCCCGGUCCUCGGUAUCGCACAACGCACAAAGGUGACGAGCUUGUGGAGAACGAAGCUGCUAGCACUACCCAGCAAGACGACUUUAAGUCGCCACCGCCGCCUCAGAAUGAUGAGAAGCCCGCGCUGCAGUCUCCCACACAAGAGUCACAUGCAGUGGAGCUGCCCGAGGAUGUUGGUCGACGCGAACCCAUCGCUGUUGAUACAACCGGAGGAGCAGAUAGCGCGCGACGGCCAUCAACGAACUUUGACAUUAAUUCUGUCUUUGCUCAAGUUCGCUCGCCACAGAACGACCAGCACUCGUUCCUCCAACGGCGUCAGAGCUCCAUUCACCAGCAAACAGAGAAGAGCACUCAAGUCGAUGCUGAUGUCGACCGUCUCCUCAAAGACGAAGAUGGCGAUGUGGAUAUGUCUACCUUCUCCGACGAGACCAUCGUCUGGCGCGGCUCUAUCGAAAUGCAGCACAUGGAGCCCUGCGCCUCUGUCGCACGCUUCGUUGCGGGCGGCGACUUCGGCAAGGCCAUCCCUUGGAACAAGCUCCUGUCCUCCACGCUGCCCAUUGCCGGCCGCAUCGAGGAGGCCAGAGGCGAUGAGUACAUCCGCGGCCUCGCGACGACCGGGAGCCACGACGUGGCCGUGCUCUCGCUGAGCCCCGUGUCUGCCGAGGGCCGCACCGUCAUGGACACGCUGUACAAAUACUUCCACGACCGCACGCGCUGGGGCGUCAUCCCCGUCGAUAAGCUCGAGAACGAGGCCAUGCGCGACCUCUACGUCAUCCCUGUCCCCGCGGGCCCCAGCAACCUCCCCCAGUUCAUGGACCUCCUCGAGCACUGCAUCAUCGAGACCCCGCGCAAGGAGGACAUGCUGCUCCUCGCGCUGGUUGCUAAGCUACCAGAUCCUCAGCCCCUGGCGCCCUUCCCGCAGCUCGAUGUCAAUGCGACGCCGACGCCGGUGCAGGCAACGAAUGGUGCAGGUCCGAGCCCAAGCCCGCUCACGAAUCCCCACGGGCCGAGCUACUCCCCUGUCGCACCAGCGUUCCCGCCGAAUCCGUAUCUCGCGCAACAGCAGUCUGCUCAACCGAACAACGGCUUCAGCCAUACGCCCACGCCCCCGCAACCGCAGGCGCAGGCACCACAGUCCAUCCAACCUCCACCGCCAGGUGCAGCUCCGCCGUUUAACCCCGCGACUAUCCUAGGUCCGUACAUGGCGAGCCCCGUGGUGCAGCAGCUGUUGCAGAACCCGUAUACGGCGGAAACGCUGCGGAACUUGAAGGAUGUGCUGGACAAAGUGCCCGCGGCGAGAGAGGAUAUCGGGGUCUUGACGGAGUAUGUGUGGAGUAGAAAUGCGCAGUCGAGUGCCCCGGUGAAUGGAGGGAAGUAGGGUAUGGAAGGGGGUGGGACAGUGGUGUGACGGAGACGAGAUGAAGGAAGAGGAGGAUUUUGUGCUUUUGGUUUCUGAUACGUCUUGCGCGCGGCGCUUGGGCGUUGGGACUGGCUAUGGCUACGAAAUGGUGGUUCCUUUCUAUACCCCGUGCGUGCUGGGGUUUGGCGGUUGUGUCCUUGUUCGCUUCACUUCUUACGAGUCCGACUUAUGGACUGGCAGCUUUGGGUUUCGUGGCUCUAUCUGAUUUGCAGCGCAACGGACACAUGUUGCAGCAAUUCAUGUCAGAGGAAAAUAGUCAAUACUGCUUAAACUGGUCUCAACUCUUUGGAAAUAGGAAGGGGUAUUUCGUUAAUUGAGAUGUGC